AUGCGGGACGCCGGCCGUGAGGGAUUGGCCUGGGAGGACAACGGCCUGGGUCCGGAGCCACGAUGGACGCGAGACCCUCACAUCCGGGCCGUCGAGCGCGUCUGUUGUCGACAUAUGGGUAUACCUCCCCGCAAGCCGUCCGAGGAGGGGGAAGCGAACGGCCCGGUCACCUUUCAUGCAGAUGGAGCGUUCAACAAGCUUUACCGGGUCUACUCACCGCGGGGCCACUUCAUGAUGCGGGUCUCACUGCCCGUCGACCCUCACACCAAGACUCGUGGAGAAGCUGCAACUCUACAGCUCGUCGGCCGCAAGACCGAUAUCCCGGUUCCAGAGCUUGUGGCCUUCGACGACUCCCGGAGCAAUGAAAUCGGAUACGAGUGGCUUAUCAUGAGCAGAAUGUCCGGGAUACCAGCAUACUACCGCUGGCGGAAGAUGUCGAUGGCACAGAAGGAAGCCCUAACCACCAGGGCGGCCGCCUUUCAAGCUCAGCUCUUCCGCUGCGGCAACUUCGGCGACGGUUUUAGGGGCAUCGGGACGCUAGGGACCAGUCCCAAUUCGGACCACGGCAUGCCUGAGCCGGGACCCAUCGUGUCCAGCUUCUUCUUCUCGGGGCAGCGAUACCACUAUCCCAUCCCGCGCGGCCCCUUUAGCUGCAGCCACGACUGGAUCCGCGCCCAACUGAACGUCAUUAUCAAGGAGCACACCACUGCGCUCGCCGAGGCCAAAACCGAGCUCGACAAGGACUAUGCCGAGAGCGCGCUGCGGGUGGCUCGGAAGCUCCUGCGCAUGGUGCACAAGGUUUUUCCCGCCAUCGUUCACCCCCCCGAACGGACCGUCCUUUGGCACGACGACCUGUCGCUCCGGAACAUACUCGUCGAUGCCAGCGGCAGCGUCACAGCUGUCAUCGGGUGGUGUGUACAUCUUCUCUUACUUGGCAUUGCCCCUUCUGGUAGCUUGGUUGACAGAAAGAAAGCUAAUAUCAUGGCCAGGGAAUGCGCAUCGGCAAUGCCGCGGUGGGUGGCGUCACAAGUGCCCGAGUUCCUGCGCGGCGCUGUGAGGGAGGUUAAACCCGACCGCAACUGUUACACGGACGUCGACAACGGGGGAAGCGAGGUCUCCGGCGGCGACGAUCCCGACGACGGGCUCGACAACGAGGGCAAGACAGAGCUGUACUGGAUUCACUUGAUGGAGUACGAGCAGACCCAACUUCGCAAGGUGUACACGGCGCGCAUGCGUCAACUGAGGCCGGAGUGGGACAUGGAGGUGGAGGAGGGUGCCCUGAAGGUCGACUUCCUAAACGCCGUUUCGCGGUGCGGUUCCGGAUUCUAUCUCCGGCGCAUCGAGCAAUGGGUGGAUGCAAUCGAACGCAAGGAGUAUCUACCCUUGAUGGAGGUGCUCAGGGUGGGCAUCAAGAAGGAGAAAGCAAGCAACGCGGGCACAAAACCAACAGCAUCGGGGACGGUUACUCUGAUAAGCAGAUUGUCAUGA